UGCGAGCUCGCCAUCAGUUCGAUGGGUUCGAUGGAUUUGUUUUAUUCAAUUGUGUUUUCAUUUAUCUUUUUCAAUAGUAAUCCAAUCUUUAGUUAUUAGUUUAUUUACUCGUCUUGUGUAAAGUGUUAGGCAUAUUUAAAUAAAUCUAACGAUUAUCAACUAUUCUGAACUCGGAAUCAAAAUGUCUCGAAAACAGCUUUCGCUCUCUAUCUCACAAACUAAAAGUGACCCCAAGAAACAAACCAGUCUCAUGACUUUCGUAACCAAAAAAGAUAAAACGGAAAAUGUUACCAGUUCAAUAGAAGAUUCAAAAAUUAAACCAAGUAGAAAAGAGCCUAAUGCGAAAAACAGCAGCGUCUCAGAAGAAGAGGCCAAACUCAGAUCUCCGAGCAUAUUCAAACCAAAGUUUCCAAAGGGAAACCCACCAAAAACAAUAGAGAUCAAUUCCAGUGAUUCGGAGAGCUCUCCAGUUAAGCCCAACAGCAGGAUCAUAAAAGUAUCUAGACGAAUCCAAGACGACUAUGACAACGAAAACCAUGAGAUUUCCAAAUCCAGCCAACUGGAUCAGCCGGACGAAUACGAUCUCAUGGUAUCGAAGUAUUGCAUGGAAGCCAAAUCUGUCUCAUUGCAGUUGAAUUUAGAAGACGAUGUUCGGUACCGAGAAGCAACUAAAAAGCUGGAAGAAAAUCUCGCCAAAAUCAGUCCUCAGAAAGCAGUUUCAUCUGAAGUGAGUUCGAGCUUGAAAAAAUCGGGCAAAUUUGAGUUUAAAGUUCCGAAGGCCAGUUCAAUGCUAUCGGGUUUGAGCGAGCCGCUACGUAAACCUAUUAAUUUGAAUGAAACACCGCCUGUUGAGGAAGACGACUUUGAAGUAAAGCAGCCAAAACCUUCUAAUUCUUCUGGUUCAGUGCGAAACAGCUUUAAAGAUGAUAAGGAAUCUCUAAUGUUAGCUAAAAGCAACUCGGAAACGGGAAGCUUAAAAGAUAUGAAAUUCAAGCCCAAGUUACCGACAACUUUGCCGAGUAAAGAUACGAAUAAAAAUGAGUUGACAUCGCCAACAGUUUUCAGAAAUCAGGACCAUUUGUUGAAUGGAAAUACUAGUACCCCAACGAAUUCUGUAGUUUUCAAGCCUAACAUUCUGGUCAGUAAACUAGGGGCAAAAGAAAAUGCUUCGAAUCAACGGAAUGAAGAAUGUUUGAUGAACAGUGAUACAGGUGUUCCGAAAAAAUCGCUGACUUUCAAGCCUAAAAAACCAUUGAGUAAUCUAGGAUCAAUGGAAAGUGUUCCAGCUCAAUCAUCUAAAAGCAAUACGACGACAUCAUCAUUAGACCGCUUGCUAAGCCCAACUCAACCAAAACCCUCGGUAGUAUUUAAUCCGGAGCUCGACGAGUUUAUGAUCGAUGUUUUAAACAACCCACGUUUUAAAUCCAAAGAAAUCUCGGAUAUCAAGACGAACAAUCAAUACUUGCAGGAAACGAGUCACGCCUUGCAUGAAAAGUUUUAUGAUAUCAUCAAUCAAGUUCCGGUGGAAUUUUUCAGCUCAAUUCAAGGCUUUAAAAUGGACACAUUCUCCAAGAUGAAAUCAUUAAUCGAAAAUAUUCGGGGCAAAAUAAAAGUUAACGAAAAAGCACUGAAUAAUUUCAAAAACUUGAAAAAAACACCCAUCGGGAAUAGAAUUAGUCGGGUUGAGGUGGCAAAGUCUACCGAUCCCUCGGACGAAUUCAAUCACAGCGCUGGAAAUUCUACUACUAUGUAUGAUGUUACCGGUGAUGAAAAUGAUUUUAUUGAAAGCACCAUUCCCCCCGCAAGAACGACCGAUAUCUGUAACCAAACCGGGAAAGUUGGAUCUUUUGUUUUCAAGAAACCAGUUGCGGCAACUCUCCUCGGUACGCCAUCAAGUAAACCAUCACCUGUUGAAAAUGAAAUACCGCCCGAUGAAGAUGAAGAUGACGUUGAAAGCAUCAUGAACAAUAUUCGAGAGGAGGAACUCAUUGAUAAGGGCCAAGCGAGUCGACGCAACCUUGAUUGCGUUGAUCUCGUUACUCCAGAGAAUUCUUUCCGUAAAUCGGAGUCGAGAAUCACGUUCUCUGCUCAGGAAACUUCGCUGCAUAACACUCAAUUUAUUGAAAAUGUCGAAACACAAGUCGAUGACGACGGUUGGCAGGUGUACGAUCCGAAUCUUUUCAAAGAUGAUGAUUUUAUCGACAUUACAGAUGCAUCAGAAGGUUUCCCAAGUGCACCAGUCUCUAAACCACGUAGAGAAAUUCAUGGUGAUGCUGCGCUAAACCGCCUGUUGGAAGAUGUUAAUAGUCAGGCAUCAACCUCGUCAACCGUUUCAAACAAUCAAACAAAAUCACAGAAUGCAAUGGGCAAUUUUCAUUCUGGCGUUCGCAACGAUGGAAUCACAGGAGAAUUCGAUGGAAUGAACUUCCCGCAUAGUACACAUAUGCAAAUAGUUUUCCGAGAAACUUUCGGUCUUCGCUCCUUCCGUCCUAACCAGUUGCAAGUCAUCAAUGCCACCUUAUUAGGUCAUGACUGUUUCGUAUUGAUGCCUACUGGAGGUGGAAAAUCUUUAUGCUAUCAACUGCCUGCGCUUCUUACCGAAGGAGUCACCAUAGUAGUGAGUCCGCUCAAAUCCUUGAUAUUUGAUCAGGUGAGUAAGCUCAAUUCCCUCGACAUACCGGCCGCACAUCUCUCGGGUGAAGUGUCCUACGCCGAUCAGCAAAAAAUCUAUACCGAUCUGUCCAGCCCUCAGCCCACCCUCAAGCUGCUGUACGUAACGCCAGAGAAAAUUUCUUCAUCAGGACGGUUCCAAAACGUUCUUAGCGGGUUGUUUCGAAUGAAGAAACUCGGUCGAUUCGUCAUCGACGAAGCUCACUGUGUUUCUGCGUGGGGUCAUGAUUUUCGGCCGGACUACAAAAAGUUGUCGGUGCUGCGGGAGCAAUUUCCAUCGGUUGGAAUCAUGGCACUGACGGCAACGGCAAAUCCUCGGGUUAGGAUCGAUGUGCUUAAGCAGCUAACGUUAACACGCAACACGAAGUGGUUUCUGUGUAGCUUUAAUCGUCCGAAUCUCAAAUACAUAGUACGGCCAAAGCAAGGCGUGGCCACCAAAGGAGAAAUAAUCGAGCUGAUUAAGAAAAAAUUCCCACGAGCUACGGGAAUCGUGUACUGUCUUUCGAAGAAAGAUUGCGACCAGUUAGCUGCGGAUCUGAAGAGCGCCGGAAUAAAUGCGAAAAGCUAUCACGCUGGGCUGUCCGACUCACAGCGUGAAGCCACGCAGAAGGAUUGGAUUACGGAUAAGAUUAAGGUAGUUUGCGCAACGAUUGCUUUCGGUAUGGGUAUCGACAAGCCGGAUGUACGAUAUGUGAUCCAUCAUUCAAUGCCGAAAAGCAUUGAGGGCUACUACCAGGAAGCUGGACGUGCCGGUCGUGAUGGAGAGCUUGCCACAUGCAUUCUGUAUUACAACUACUCCGACAUGCUACGUUACAGGAAAAUGAUGGACCACGAUAAUUCGAUUCCAUUUGAGGCAAAGCAAGUACAUUUACACAAUCUAUUCCGAAUGGUUAACUAUUGUGAGAACGUUGCUGAUUGUAGGCGGGCCCAGCAGUUGGAUUAUUUUGCAGAACAUUUCACCCGGGAACAAUGUUUGGAAAAUCGUGCGAGCGCCUGUGAUAACUGUCUGAUGCAGGGAGAUUACAAAACGGUGGAUGUGACCGAUGAUUGCAUAGCGAUUGCCAAAAGUGUUCGAGAUCUUUGCAGUGGAAGAAACCGGUUCACUCUGCUUCAUUUGGUAGAAGUAUUCAAAGGAAGUGAGCAGAAGAAAAUUCUCGAAAACAAUCAUAAUAGGACACCAUAUCACGGACGGUUGAAAAGCUGGGAAAGAAGUGAUAUCCAACGGCUUAUGCACAAACUAGUAAUUGAGGAUUAUCUGAAGGAGGAUCUUAUCUUCAGCAACGACAUUCCGCAAGCUUACAUCAAGAUUGGCAGUAAAAUCGAAAAGCUUAUGAAUAGAGAAGUUAGGGUAAACUUUUCAGUCAAAGAAAAGACAGCUGGCAAACGGGGUCAACAAAUCGAUGUUGGUAAUGAGCCGAAACUCGACACUCAAAGUAAUGCUCAACUCAAAGAACUGCAGGAACGAUGUUACAACGAUCUAUUGGACAUUUGUCGAGCUUUUGCUGCUCAGAAAAAUGUGACGUUAGCCUCUAUCAUGAACAUGCAAGCAUUGAAGGCUAUGUCCGAGCGACUACCGGAAACACAAGCGGAAAUGCUGGCAUUACCGCAUGUGACGAAGGCAAACUUCGAGAAGUACGGACAACAGUUGCUAGAAAUAACACAAAACUAUGCUGCUGAGAAGCUGUGCCUAAUGUUAGAUGCAGAAGCAGCGGCAGGGAGUGAUGAUGAUGAUAGCGGAAGUAGUGACGAUGGCACUGAUUGGGGUCGGUUGGCACGGGAAGCUUCCACAAGUACAUCUGGCGGAGCCAAACGGAAAAGAAGUUGGGGAUCGGGAGGUCGAGGCGCCAAGAAAUUCCGUCGAGGUCGUACAAAGUCGAAAUCCAGAGCAAGAACUAAAACCGCCAGCAGUAGAGGAGGAACGACUGCUGCUAAACGUGGUGGUCGAGGAGGGAAAUCUGCCUCUUCUGGUUUCGCAUUACUUCCUGUUUUGUGAAAUAAGUCGUUAUUCUAUUUAGUUGGUAAUUUUAGAAAUACAAUAACUCAUUUUUAAACUGGAAAAA